AUGGAAUUUCUAGGAGCAUUCCCUAAUAAUAUAGAAUUGGAUUGCUUCAAAAUGUUUUCUAAUGAAAAAGAGCAUGAUUUCACUUACACUACUACUACUACUUCACAAUUGUUUCUAGAUCAAAGUUCAUCACUUUUAGGAGAAGAUGAUGAAUUGAAUUUUGGAUUAGUACAAUCCACACUUUCCUCCAAUUUUAUUAGUGAUGAAAAUGAGCAUUAUUUGUUUCAUUCUUUAGAUGCUAAUCCCAACACAAAAAUGUUGCAUUAUAAGUCACAAGAAGAGAGUAGUUACAAUAGCGGCGGUUUCAGUGGUGGUGACACUACUUUCUUCAAUGCCAACAUGGAUCUUACAACAAACUACUACUAUUCUAGUAAUUACCAUGAUGAUAAUGUGCUAGCAAAUGAUGUUUCUAUAUCCAUGGAGUUAUUGGAAAAUUAUGAUCAUUAUCAAUGUCAUCAAAUGGAACAUGUUGAUGUUGUUCCAAACAAUAAGCAGUUGGAGCUCAAGAGGAAGAUUGUUGAAGUACCAGAAUUUGAUGUGUCUGCUGAAAACAAUACAAGUAACGGAUCUAAGAAUCAAAAGAAAAAACAUUUCGUCGCGAAAGAUGAGCAAGAUUGCAUGAAAAAUGAAAGGUGUAGGAAGAGAAAAGUUGUUAGAAAUGGGAAUGAAGGAGAAGAGAGAAAUAAUAAUGUAGGGUUAGAUGGACAGAGCUCAAGUAGUAACAUUAACAUAUGUGAGGAUGACAAUGCUUCUGAAGAAAACAAUGGAGGGGUAACUUCGGUAUCUCACUCAAAUGGGAAAACAAGAACCAUUAGAGGAACAGCAGCAGAUCCCCAGAGUCUCUAUGCAAGGAAAAGAAGAGAGAGGAUAAAUGCGCGGUUAAGAAUUUUGCAGGGUCUUGUUCCAAAUGGAACAAAGGUUGAUAUAAGUACAAUGCUUGAAGAGGCAGUUAAUUACGUGAAAUUUUUGCAGCUCCAAAUCAAGCUUUUAAGCUCUGAUGAUCUAUGGAUGUAUGCUCCUCUUGCUUAUAAUGGACUUGACAUUGGACUCAAACUCAAUAACCUCAAGAAUUUUUCAUCAUCACCAUGA